AUGUCGCGGUGGAUCAAGACAGGCGCCUCGACGAGUAUUCAACCGCGUUUAUACCAGCAGCGUGGAUCCACGUCGCCACCACAAAUGGUAGGAUGGAGCUUUGAGGGGCCGCCCGAACAUACCAACAUCAUGGCUACUCUCUCGGUGCCUUCCCCGGACUCUUUGUCGGCUUCAGGGCCAUCUGGAAGACCUGAUCUGCAACGACCCCUCUCUACACAUGGAAUGCCCAAAUCACCUCAUGCCAUGUCGCCUCGACGACCACACCGGUUCUCUGCUCUAAGUUUUCCCUCACCCAAAAGCCCACAAUCUUCGGGUCCAAUGUCGCCUCCUAUGUCAGCCAAGUCAUUCGGUACAUUCAUUGAUUCAGAGCCAUCCACACCAGCCUACUCUCCAAGGAUGGAUCAAGCAUGGGACAGCUCGACUGUGGUCCUCAUGCGGCCCAUGUCCUCGUCAUCCGAGCCUUCUACUCCUACAGAGCCAGCAUGGGAUAUGGUGGCGCCCGUCAAGGCGCCUCCGCAUUAUCCUAACGUGAUGUCUCGCGCAAAGGUACCAACCGUUACUCACAAGGAGGUGCCCAUGGUGACCUCGCCAUUGUCUCAGCCCCCAAGUCAGCCGCGAGCCAUGAAACGGCCCAGGGACGUUCAUGUUGUCAACCUGGACCAGAGGAACGACAAUACUUCGAAAGUUACACAUAUUGAUUACAACGAGCCGCCCAAGUCCAAAGAAGCCGGAAGUCCCAGUCCUGGCAUCGCCCCGUUUAACAAAUUGGCAUCCAAGAUGAAGUUGAUGCUCCGACGUAAGAACACAAAUGAAAAAAAGAAAGAGAAGAAAAAGAGAGAAUGGGAGGAUGUUGAUCGCCUGGAGGACGUUCACUGGACAGAGAUGUGA